CUGCACGUAGAAUCUGAUCUGUCCCGAACUGCAAAACAUUACAUAGAAGAGUAUCCUUGCUGAAAGUCCAUUAAAGAUAGUUUCCUACAUAAUUUAUCAGUCCUGAAUAAUUCAAAUAUAUCUCCAACAAUGGAAUACGGCAGAGAAACAGCUGCGAUGAGGGAGCAGAAACGGAAGAAUCGACAAAUAGCCUUGGAAAACACAGACAGUGACAUUGGCUUGUGUGGAUGGAUACUGGUGCUGUUCUCCAUUCUCCUCACGGUGCUCACACUACCUCUCUCCAUAUGGAUGUGCAUUAAGAUAGUGAAAGAAUAUGAGCGGGCAAUUAUCUUUCGUUUGGGACGCAUCUUGCAAGGAGGAGCCAAAGGACCAGGUCUCUUCUUCAUCUUGCCCUGCACAGACAACUUUAUUAAUGUCGACAUGCGUACCAUCACCUUUGAUAUCCCCCCUCAGGAGGUGCUGACAAAGGACUCUGUGACAGUGAGUGUAGAUGGCGUGGUCUAUUACCGUGUGCAAAAUGCCACACUGGCAGUUGCCAACAUCACCAAUGCUGAUGCAGCCACCCGCCUUUUGGCUCAGACCACCCUGAGGAAUGCGCUGGGUACAAAGAACCUAGCAGAAAUCCUUUCUGAUCGUGAGGAAAUCGCCCACACUAUGCAGUCCUCGCUGGAUGAUGCCACAGAUGACUGGGGUAUUAAAGUGGAGCGUGUGGAGAUUAAGGAUGUAAAACUGCCCCUGCAGCUCCAGAGGGCUAUGGCGGCCGAAGCCGAAGCCACCAGAGAGGCCAGAGCCAAGGUGAUAGCCGCAGAGGGAGAGAUGAAUGCCUCACGGGCACUGAAGGAGGCAUCUCUUGUGAUCGCAGAGUCCCCCUCCGCUUUGCAGCUGCGCUACCUCCAGACCCUCAACACCAUUGCAGCAGAGAAAAACUCUACGAUCAUUUUCCCUCUGCCUAUAGACAUGAUUCAUUCCUUUAUUAACCGUUGAGCUGGGGUUUUAGAAUGCAGGCACCUACCGUAUACACAAACACAUUCAUACACGCACAGACAUGCAUACACAUGCAGAAGUGAAAAGACCAAUAUUAUAUAACAUACACUCACGUGCAUAUAAUAUACAUGUUAUAUACACAGUAUGUUCUCUGACGUAUGAUCUGUAGAUGUUCCUGGUAUAGACCCAUUCAGACGAAGUCUGAUGUGACCUAACAACAUCCACUUGGCUGGUGAAUUUCAGACUUAUUGUGCAGUGGUUCUCUACUUGUUUUGUUUCAGGACCCAAAUUUUACAUAGGACCUCUAGUGUCGACCCAACACGUAACAGAAUUGGUUAUCAUACAGAAGGAAAUAAAAAUGCCCUUAGAAAUAUUUAAUAAAAUUAUAAAAACUUUUUUUAUCAUGGUCUGCAUAGGCACGACAUUAAGCAGAAUUAUUAACAUGAAUAGGAAAAUAUUGUAUUUACUUUGUCAUAUUACACUAUGUGACAGUUUGAUUGGACAUACAGAUGUUGGUGUCAACAACAAAUAUAUGGGAAGCAUUUUAUCCUCCUUUUCAAAGUUUAUAAGCCUAUUUAUUUUGCUAACCUAUAUGGUUAUUUGCAUUUUAUUAUUUGCAUUAAGCAUUGUAAUUCCCCUGCUGUACGUAACUCUAUCAAAACCUGUAAACCAUUUUGGGGCACGACUAACAAGUUGAUAACCACUGGCGCUGAGUUCAUACAGAUGCAUUGUCGGCUUUUUCUUUUCAGUUGUUGAUUUAUGGAACAUCUCCUGGUCAUGUGUGUGUGUGUGUGUGUGUGUGUGUGUGUGUGUGUGUGUUUCCAGCACGUUUAACCAAGCCAAAUAAGCCAUGAAUCAUCUAAAGUGAUAUUUGGAUAGUACCAGAUGUCAAGACAUACAAGACUUUUCUUGCUGAGAACCUUCAUUAAUGCUGUCUAACAAUGUGAAGCCUUAAGCCAUAUUCAUUUAGAUUAUUGAAUCAAUAUUAACAGGUUUACAUGAUGCUGGUUGUUUUUAAAAACCACAAUGGAUUAGAGAUCUAGUGUUUAUAUAUCAAUUUCAUAUGCAAAUAUAUUGCUUUUAUAUUUUUAAGGUCGUCUCUAUUAUUUCAGAUCAUUUUGUCUGCUAGACAUUUCAUAAAUGUAAAAUAAUCUUUCUAAAUGCAGUGGGAAAAAUCAAUUAAGGCUGAAAAGGUCGAUGUUUGUGUAUGUAAUUAUAGUCUUAGUUGCUUCAUAAAUCAAAGGAUGUAAUUACAGACUAUUCAGAACUCAAAGACGUAAAUGAUUUGUGUGUAUGUGGUGCUGCGUAGAAGCUUAUAAAGGGUAUAUGGGUAAAGGGAAUUAUCCAAAUGUCUGUAUCUUGAUCCUGUGUCAGUCUAUUACAAUUCUAUAUAUUAAAUUAUAGAAUCAGUCAUUUAACUGAUAUAUGUUGAAUAUCACAUUUGGUUUGGAAGUUUUUUUUUGUUGCCAGUUCAUUAUGUGUGUUGUUUUGUACUGCAUUUGUAUGUGUAUCUUUUUCUUUCAUUUGUUUUUUUUUUUUUGAUGCACGAUAUGUCUUAUUCCGUUUAGUUUAGC